AUGAUGGCAUUGCUCCGAACCCUGUUGUCGUUGCUGCUGAUGGUGACGGCGAUUCCGGCGCUGGCACAGGGGGGCGGCGAUGUGGCCACCCGCCUCGACGGCGCCGCCAGCGAGUUGGGAUUGGUCGACGGGGCGCUCGACACCAAGCUGGAACAGAGCGACCGCGCGGCACUGCGCGCACGGGCACAGACCGUACGGGCAACGACGCUGGAUGCCGCGCAGCAAUUGACCGCCGAUCUGGCGCAGAUCGAUGCGCGGCUGGCGCAACUUGGGCCGGCGGCCUCGGGCGAGGACGCUUCGAUCCGCAGCGAGCGGACCGCACUGGCACGACAGCGCACGACGAUCGAUUCGGCGACGAAGCGCGCGCGGUUGCUUUCG